AUGGUCUGCUGGGCGCAUUUGCACUUGUUUUCACCUGAACAUCAUAGUGAGUUCUUUGAGUGGAUCUGUCACCAUAACUAUUUUACUGGAUCUGUUAAUCCCCACCCCCUACUUUUACCCACAGGUACCUCGGAAUUCCGGCUGACUAUUAAGGAAGAGGACACAAUUCGCGAUGCAGGCACUUCUUACGCUUAUGCAUGUUUAUUGGACCAACCAGAUAUUCUCUCCGAGUACAUCAAAACUAGUGGAUCAUUAGCGUGGGUUCAAGAAGAACUUGGGGUUGGCGAGUAUUGGUUGACUUGCAAAUUUGAAGAAAACGGCCUGAAACUGUCGAAGAGAAUGAAGCUUUCUGUCGUCUUACCGGAAUAUCCUGAGGUAUACUUGUCUUUAAACGCCAUUGGACCACAACUGCGAUGGUCAAACUGGACCAAUCGGCCGGCUCGCUGUAGUGCUUCCCAACCAAUUGCUAGCUUUCCCAUCAAAUGGAAACAGUUGUUCGGAACAGAAAAAUUCACCAGUGUCACCUCUUCCACUGAUAAUAAUCGCACCCAGGCACUCCUCUACACAGAAAGGAACGCUGCAAAACCCAGUGAUAUGGCGACAUACGUCUGCCAAAUGCCACUGCCUACUCGAUGUCUUUCAAAAAUACUGCUUCAAGCAUAUUUUG